GUGUAUAACAGCGUGUGUGUUGAUUUUGAACAGGUGAGCCAUGGCAGCGGAUUUAGAUAUGGUGAACUUGUUGGUCAUUGCUGGUGCAACGUUGGCCAUUCCUAUUCUGUCUUUUGUGGCCUCUUUUAUCCUCUGGCCCUCGGCCCUCAUCAAAAUAUAUUACUGGUACUGGAGGAGGACCCUGGGUCUACAGGUGCGCUACGCAGACUGUGGGGGGUACCGCUUCUGUUACUCUUACAGAGGGAAGCCAGGGUUCAGACCAUCCAUCCUCAUGUUACAUGGUUUCUCUGCUCACAAAGACACAUGGCUCACUAUGGUCAAGUAUCUACCCAAACACCUGCACAUACUGUGCGUGGAUAUGCCUGGCCAUGAGGGAACCACUCGUACCAACUCAGAGGACUACUCCAUCCAGGGCCAGGUCAAGAGGAUUCAUCAGUUUGUGGAGAACGUUCGACUGAACAGGAAGCCCUUCCAUCUGGUCGGGACCUCCAUGGGGGGCAAUGUGGCAGGGGUGUACGCAGCCAGCUUCCCCUCCGAAAUCUGUAGCAUCACCCUUAUCUGUCCAGCAGGUAUACGGUACCCCUGUGAGACAAAAUUUGACAAUCAUCUGCAGGACCUUGAGCACAGCCAUUACACUCUGAGCAUCCCACUGAUUCCGUCCACACCAGAGGAGAUGGAGGAUAUGCUCAGGCUUUGCUCCCAUGUCCGCUUUAAGAUCCCUCAACAGAUUCUUCAAGGACUGGUGGAUGUUCGGCUUCCGCACAAUGAUUUUUAUCAAGAAGUUUUCAUGGAGAUAUUGGGUGAGAACUCCAGAUACGCCCUACAGGAAAAUUUGCAGCUGAUCACUGCCCCUUUGCAAGUAAUUUGGGGCAAACAGGACCAGGUGGUGGAUGUCUCUGGAGCUGUGGUAGUGGCGGAGGCCUUGCCCGGUUGCAGGGUGGACCUGUUAGAGAACUGUGGUCACUCUGUGGUGAUGGAGAGGCCUCGCCGGACGGCCAAACUCAUCAUGGAGUUUAUUAUCUCCCUGGGUACCACCAGUGGAACCAUUAAGAAGCGCUCCUGAGAAAUAAAUGCUUUAUGGAAGUUUUAUUAUUUAGUCAAGCAUUUUAUUUUGAAAUGUUUAAAAAAGAAAUGUUUUACGAUAAACUAUUUACUGUAAACUCUUACAUUUUCAGAUUCAGUUAUUUUUUUCACCCAUGUAAUAUCUUUGUCAAAUAUGUUGUUUUCCUCUUCCUGGAAUAUUUGAUCAUAUUUGACUAAAUUAGUAAACUCUGCCUGUGUCUAAUUUCAUUGAUUUUCAUCAAACUAUGCUGAUGGAAUGUUUGUAGCUAGCCUAUGUGCAUAAAAUAAAGAAUUCUUCCAUCUCUUUUCUA